CCUGGGGACUACCCUCUUAUGCUUUCUACCCAGACAGAUUGUGAAAUGUCAAGUCACGGGCCGUACUAAUACUGUUACAAGAGUUCGAAAUAGGCAUUCCAUCACGCGAAGAUAUACGGCUAGGUUUAUUCUCUACUUGGGACAGCCAUUUGCCUUUGCGUGGCUGAGCUUCGGCCUCAGAAAUCACCAAUGGAACUCCAGGAUAAAAAUUUCCACCACCCUUAUUCGCCUUAUGACAUCCAACUCCAGUUGAUGCGGGCGCUAUACGCCUGUCUUGAGCAGGGGAAGGUCGCUGUUUUUGAGUCGCCUACUGGGACCGGAAAAUCUUUAAGUUUGAUAUGCGGUUCUCUGACGUGGUUACGAGAUCACAAGCGUUCCGCCUUUCAGGCGGCUGUCAACAAUGCUGCACGAGAUGAUGAUGAACCUGAAUGGAUGUUAGACUUCGCUAAGCGGGAAUCGAGCCGUGCGAUGACUGAGAAGAGGAAAGAGUUUGAAGACAGACUGGAAAAGGCAAAAGAAGAAGAAGAAAGGCAAAGAAACGCAAUUGAGGACCCCAAAGGGGCUCGAAAAAAGCAGAAGUUCAGUACACCAUCGACUGGUCCCCAUGAGCUAAGUGAAGAUCAUUUUGCACUCGAUGAAUAUGACAGCGAGAAGGAAGAGUACAAAGCGUCCCGGAAUGGGCAGGAUCAUUCUAGCGGACUUUCCUCUAGUACGCUAGAAUUAUUGGAAAGGUUUAAAGGGCAAUUUUCGACCACCAAGCUACGGAGUGAAGACGGUGAAAAUGAUGAGGUCCGGAUCUUCUAUUGCUCCAGGACGCACUCCCAAUUAAGCCAAUUCGCCAAUGAACUGAGGCGUGUUACAAUGCCAUCGAGCGUACCCGAGGAACUGAGUGCUGGCCUAGCUGGGGAUGAAGAGCUCGGGGAGCGUUUGAAGCAUGUCACACUCGGUUCUCGGAAGAAUCUUUGCAUCAAUCCAAGUGUUAGUUCGUUGGAAAAUUCAACCGCGGUCAAUGAACGUUGCUUGGAUCUGCAACAACCUGGUGUGGCUCCUCAGCAUAGAUGCCCAUUUUUGCCAUCGAAAGAAGAUGAAAGACAUGUUUUUCAGUUCCGAGAUCAUGCGUUGGCCACGGUGAAAGAUAUUGAAGACUUGGGGAAACUCGGCAAGAGAAUCGGAGUAUGUCCCUAUUAUGCAUCCCGAUCGGUUGUCAAGCAUAGCGAGAUCGUGACACUACCAUAUCCUUUACUACUACAACGCUCGGCCAGAGAGGCCCUUAAUAUUUCUGUCAAGGGCCAUGUCAUUAUAAUCGACGAAGCCCACAAUCUGAUGGAUGCAAUAUCUAGCAUCCACUCAGUGACGGUGACGCUUUCGCAGCUUCAGACUUCUCUUUCCCAGGUGACUACCUAUGCUCGCAAAUUUAAAACCCGCCUGAAAGGAAAAAACCGAAGCUAUGUUUCUCAGGUUAUCCGGCUCAUUGGUUCGAUCGCCGCUCAUCUUCGGUCAAUCCUCGAGAGCGAAAAGGCUCGUGAAGGCCCUGUUCUGCCUUCUGAUCUUAUGUCCGGAAAGGGUGUCGACCAGAUCAACCCUUAUAAGUUGAGUCAAUAUCUCCAGGAAAGUAGAUUGGCAAGAAAGGUUGAUGGAUAUGUCGAGUUUUCCAAGGAUCAGUCGGGCAGGCAGAUGACUGGAAGCCCGGCGGUGCCUGUUUUAUUUCACAUACAGGGCUUUCUCAUAUCAUUAAUGAAUCCUUCUGCCGAAGGACGGCUAUUCUACAUGAAGGAUCAGGAUGACAUUCACUUGAAGUACAUGCUUCUGGACCCUACCAACCAAUUUCGUGAAAUUGUUGAAGACGCAAGGGCUGUCAUAUUAGCGGGCGGAACCAUGUCACCUAUGACAGACUAUAUGGACCAUCUUUUCUCCUACGUCCCAGCCGGCCGAUUAGACACCUUCAGCUACGGCCAUGUCAUCCCAUCUGAGAACCUGAUUGCUCACACACUGGUACGGGGUGUCCGGCGCUCGGAGUUUGAUUUCACCUAUGACGCUCGUGAUUCCGAGAACAUGAUCAUUGAUCUUGGACGGACAGUAGCUACGCUUUGCCAUGUCAUCCCAGACGGCGUGGUUGCCUUCUUUCCCAGUUACGAUUAUCUUGGACGAGUCUUGAGCAUCUGGAAGAAGCCGAAGCUGGGCGAGCAAGGCCAAACUGUCUAUGGCUUGAUUGAGCAGAAAAAGCCCAUCCUAUUUGAAUCCCGAGACAUGAAAUUCACGACCGAAGAGCUGCUCCAAACGUAUGCGAGCACCAUCGAUACAGGCAGAGGUGCGCUUCUCUUGUCCGUUGUGGGCGGCAAGCUGUCAGAGGGAAUUAAUUUCUCCGACAAACUUGGACGGGGCGUGCUGAUUAUUGGACUGCCCUUUCCAAACAUCCGGAGUGCAGUCUGGCAGGCUAAAAUCCAGUAUAUCGAACAAAAGACACAUCGGCAGGCUACUGGCUCCGAGGCAAGCCGCCAGUCAACAGCAAGAGCAGCAGGAAGGGACUACUAUGAGAACUCCUGCAUGCGCGCAGUGAACCAGUGUAUUGGACGAGCUAUCCGGCACCGGAACGACUAUGCAGCGAUUGUUCUGUUUGAUAGACGGUAUGAUAAACCUGGUAUACAAGCCAAGCUACCUGCCUGGAUCAAACAAAGCAUGGUAGGGGGUUCGGUUCAACGACCCGCGGGUGCUACUGUUCAGAGCCUGGCCAAGUUCUUUGCGAGCAAGUGAGGCAGAUGGGUCCGCAAAAAUAGCUAUGUCCUAAUAAGAAUUCCG